AUGCAUCUCGUGCACAACGAACCAUGGGCGGCUGUAAGGAGAUUCUUGAAUAAUACCACAGCUCAUGGACUCCCACGAAUACCAACGGCGAGAAAUAAAAGAGGAAAACUGUUCUGGAUAACUGUUUGGCUCUCGUUCUUCACGGUCUUCUUGGUACAGGCCCUGAUUCUUAUCUCGAAGUACCACAACCGGCAUCCAAUGAUAGUAAUCACGGCAAGUUGUUUAUUUUAUUCAAAAAAUCGUUACAUCCCUUUCUUAAAGCUGGAAUCCCAAUAUCCUUUGACAAAGAAGCUGAGAUUUUCGCCAGCUGAUCCACACUGA